AUGAUUCAUCAAGCAACGAUUUAUCCAGGAACGGAUGGCACCCGACCAUCCUUCCUCAACUGGCCAAGAAACAUCGAUGAGACCGUCCCCUUCGGUAGCAGCCCAACUACCGUCAGCUGGACCGAGCCCAUUGGUGUAGCCAGCGUUGCGGCCUCACAGAGCUCUGGAUCUUUCUUUGUCGUGGGAUACACUAACGUGGCGUACACCGCCACAGACCCAAGCAGCAACUUCGAAAGCUGCUCUUUCUCUGUCACCCUCACAGCAACGAUUUAUCCAGGAACGGAUGGCACCCGACCAUCCUUCCUCAACUGGCCAAGAAACAUCGAUGAGACCGUCCCCUUCGGUAGCAGCCCAACUACCGUCAGCUGGACCGAGCCCAUUGGUGUAGCCAGCGUUGCGGCCUCACAGAGCUCUGGAUCUUUCUUUGUCGUGGGAUACACUAACGUGGCGUACACCGCCACAGACCCAAGCAGCAACUUCGAAAGCUGCUCUUUCUCUGUCACCCUCACAGCAACGAUUUAUCCAGGAACGGAUGGCACCCGACCAUCCUUCCUCAACUGGCCAAGAAACAUCGAUGAGACCGUCCCCUUCGGUAGCAGCCCAACUACCGUCAGCUGGACCGAGCCCAUUGGUGUAGCCAGCGUUGCAGCCUCACAGAGCUCUGGAUCUUUCUUUGUCGUGGGAUACACUAACGUGGCGUACAACGCCACAGACCCAAGCAGCAACUUCGAAAGCUGCUCUUUCUCUGUCACCCUCACAGGAACGAUUUAUCCAGGAACGGAUGGCACCCGACCAUCCUUCCUCAUCUGGCCAAGCAAGAUCGACGUGACCGUCCCCUUCGGUAGCAGCCCAACUACCGUCAGCUGGACCGAUCCCAUUGGUGUAGCCAGCGUUGCGGCCCCACAGAGCUCUGGAUCUUUCUUUGUCGUGGGAUACACUAACGUGGCGUACACCGCCACAGACCCAAGCAGCAACUUCGAAAGCUGCUCUUUCUCUGUCACCCUCACAGGUAGGUGGGAACUUGUGUUCGGAGGAGACCCAACUACCGUCAGCUGGACCGAGCCCAUUGGUAUAGCCAGCGUUGCGGCCUCACAGAGCUCUGGAUCUUUCUUUGUCGUGGGAUACACUAACGUGGCGUACAACGCCACAGACCCAAGCAGCAACUUCGAAAGCUGCUCUUUCUCUGUCACCCUCACAGCAACGAUUUAUCCAGGAACGGAUGGCACCCGACCAUCCUUCCUCAACUGGCCAAGAAACAUCGAUGAGACCGUCCCCUUCGGUAGCAGCCCAACUACCGUCAGCUGGACCGAGCCCAUUGGUGUAGCCAGCGUUGCGGCCUCACAGAGCUCUGGAUCUUUCUUUGUCGUGGGAUACACUAACGUGGCGUACACCGCCACAGACCCAAGCAGCAACUUCGAAAGCUGCUCUUUCUCUGUCACCCUCACAGCAACGAUUUAUCCAGGAACGGAUGGCACCCGACCAUCCUUCCUCAACUGGCCAAGAAACAUCGAUGAGACCGUCCCCUUCGGUAGCAGCCCAACUACCGUCAGCUGGACCGAGCCCAUUGGUGUAGCCAGCGUUGCAGCCUCACAGAGCUCUGGAUCUUUCUUUGUCGUGGGAUACACUAACGUGGCGUACAACGCCACAGACCCAAGCAGCAACUUCGAAAGCUGCUCUUUCUCUGUCACCCUCACAGGUAGGUGGGAACUUGUGUUCGGAGGAGACCCAACUACCGUCAGCUGGACCGAGCCCAUUGGUAUAGCCAGCGUUGCGGCCUCACAGAGCUCUGGAUCUUUCUUUGUCGUGGGAUACACUAACGUGGCGUACAACGCCACAGACCCAAGCAGCAACUUCGAAAGCUGCUCUUUCUCUGUCACCCUCACAGCAACGAUUUAUCCAGGAACGGAUGGCACCCGACCAUCCUUCCUCAACUGGCCAAGAAACAUCGAUGAGACCGUCCCCUUCGGUAGCAGCCCAACUACCGUCAGCUGGACCGAGCCCAUUGGUGUAGCCAGCGUUGCGGCCUCACAGAGCUCUGGAUCUUUCUUUGUCGUGGGAUACACUAACGUGGCGUACACCGCCACAGACCCAAGCAGCAACUUCGAAAGCUGCUCUUUCUCUGUCACCCUCACAGCAACGAUUUAUCCAGGAACGGAUGGCACCCGACCAUCCUUCCUCAACUGGCCAAGAAACAUCGAUGAGACCGUCCCCUUCGGUAGCAGCCCAACUACCGUCAGCUGGACCGAGCCCAUUGGUGUAGCCAGCGUUGCAGCCUCACAGAGCUCUGGAUCUUUCUUUGUCGUGGGAUACACUAACGUGGCGUACAACGCCACAGACCCAAGCAGCAACUUCGAAAGCUGCUCUUUCUCUGUCACCCUCACAGGAACGAUUUAUCCAGGAACGGAUGGCACCCGACCAUCCUUCCUCAUCUGGCCAAGCAAGAUCGACGUGACCGUCCCCUUCGGUAGCAGCCCAACUACCGUCAGCUGGACCGAUCCCAUUGGUGUAGCCAGCGUUGCGGCCCCACAGAGCUCUGGAUCUUUCUUUGUCGUGGGAUACACUAACGUGGCGUACACCGCCACAGACCCAAGCAGCAACUUCGAAAGCUGCUCUUUCUCUGUCACCCUCACAGCAACGAUUUAUCCAGGAACGGAUGGCACCCGACCAUCCUUCCUCAACUGGCCAAGAAACAUCGAUGAGACCGUCCCCUUCGGUAGCAGCCCAACUACCGUCAGCUGGACCGAGCCCAUUGGUGUAGCCAGCGUUGCGGCCUCACAGAGCUCUGGAUCUUUCUUUGUCGUGGGAUACACUAACGUGGCGUACACCGCCACAGACCCAAGCAGCAACUUCGAAAGCUGCUCUUUCUCUGUCACCCUCACAGCAACGAUUUAUCCAGGAACGGAUGGCACCCGACCAUCCUUCCUCAACUGGCCAAGAAACAUCGAUGAGACCGUCCCCUUCGGUAGCAGCCCAACUACCGUCAGCUGGACCGAGCCCAUUGGUGUAGCCAGCGUUGCGGCCUCACAGAGCUCUGGAUCUUUCUUUGUCGUGGGAUACACUAACGUGGCGUACAACGCCACAGACGCAAGCAGCAACUUCAAAAGCUGCUCUUUCUCUGUCACCCUCACAGGAACGAUUUAUCCAGGAACGGAUGGCACCCGACCAUCCUUCCUCAUCUGGCCAAGCAAGAUCGACGUGACCGUCCCCUUCGGUAGCAGCCCAACUACCGUCAGCUGGACCGAUCCCAUUGGUGUAGCCAGCGUUGCGGCCCCACAGAGCUCUGGAUCUUUGUUUGUCGUGGGAUACACUAACGUGGCAUACACCGCCACAGACCCAAGCAGCAACUUCAAAAGCUGCUCUUUGUCUGUCACCGUCACAGAUAGACAUCUGCCCAUGCCAAAAUGGCGUAUGUGUCUCCUAGACGAUGCCACAUCCUCAGCCAUCUGUUAA